CACACCUUGUUUGUCUGCGUCUACAAUGAGCCAGUCAGCAGCUGCUAGGACCAAUCCCUUUUCUAGGAGGCCUUACUCUCCACUUUGCGUUUCAAGAGCGCAGCAAGAGAAUGAGCAAAGUAUACAGUUUUUAAUUUAAAUACCAUGGCAAAGCAAUGGCAUAUGGUGUUUCUUUGGAUCAUAUGGUAUUUUCAGACCUCAAAUGUUACAGCUUUCAACCUGGACACAGAGAAUGUACUUCAGAGAAAUGGAGAUCCAGGCAGCCUGUUUGGAUUUUCUGUUGCCUUCCACCAACAGCUCAAACCUGCCAGAAAGAACCUACUGCUGGUAGGAGCUCCACGAGCAAAGCAUCAGAACCAAGUGAAUGUUACAGGAGUUGUUUACAAGUGUGAUCUGACUACAACAUCUAAGAGCUGUCAGCCCAUUGAGUUUGAUGAUAAAGAGUUCCUCAGUAGUAAAGGCAUAAAUAACCAGUGGAUGGGAGUUAGAGUCACGAGCCAAGGUCCUGGUAAAAAUGUAAUGACUUGUGGGCAUCACUAUCGGGAUUGGGACACAACCCCAGGUCUUUACGUUCCUCACCUACUGACGGGUCAGUGCUACCUCUUAGGAGACGACCUGAAGGUGGGUGAAGAAGAAAGGAGCUGGCGGAGGGUCGUUUGUGAUAGAGAACACUUAACAAGACGUCAAAAGGACCACGACUGGUUUGCCUACUGCCAGCAGGGUCAUGGAGCAUCUUUUGCAAAGGAUAACACAUCCCUUCUAUUUGGAGCACCAGGAGCUUAUCAGUGGAAAGGAAUAGUAAGAAUGGAGGUUUUGGACAAUCUGGACCUCUACAGUGAGGAUGCUCGCGAGACUGGAAAUAUUGACGAUUUUAACCCAAAACUCAUUCCUCUUAAGUCAAACAGCUACCUGGGAUUCUCCAUUGACUCCGGAAUGGCCCUCAUCAGGAAGGGCGAGCUGACCAUCGUAUCAGGAGCACCUAGAGGAGGUUACAGCGGACAGGUGGCAUUUCUGAAGGCAGACCCUGUGGCACAGAGAAAUCUGUCUGUGGAGCUGGUCCUCUCUGGACCAGGUCUGGCAUCCUCCUUUGGCUAUGAUUUGGCAGUGGUGGAUCUCAACGGUGAUGGGUGGGAUGACCUCGCUGUGGGAGCACCGCAGUUCUUUGUCAAAGAUGGCGAGGUUGGAGGAGCAGUCUAUAUCUAUAUCAAUAACAAAGGAAGAAACUGGGAGAAUAUUGUUCCAGUCCAACUUCUUGGACAUAAAGACUCCAUGUUUGGCCUCGCAGUAGAAAAUAUUGGAGACAUCAAUCAAGAUCAUUAUGGAGAUAUUGCAGUGGGAGCACCGUAUGAGGGCUCUGGACUUGUAUACCUUUACUAUGGCGCUCCAGAUGGUGUCAACAAAAAGCCUGCACAGAUAAUUUCAUCACAGUCAAAGAAAGUGAAACUGUUUGGAUAUUCUCUGACUGGUAACCUGGACGUAGAUGAUAAUCAGUAUCCUGACUUGGCUGUUGGAUCACUCUCAGAUUCCAUUUUUGUUUACAGAGCAAGGCCAGUGGUCACCGUCAGCACCUCUCUUAAGAUUGCACCAAAUAAAAUAGAGAUCACAAAGAAACGAUGUGAUGAGCAAAUAUGUUCUUUUGCAGUCGAGGCAUGUUUUACCUACACAGCACAUCCUGAGUCGUUCGACCCUAAGCUGAUGCUCAACUUUACUUUUGAUGCUGAUUAUGAGAUGAAAAAAUCAAGAGUCAGGGUCAACUUUAUGGAUUCAUCUCAAGGAAAGCUGGAGCUGUCUGGUCAAGGGAGACAGGCCUGUCACAAAACUACGCUCCAGCUUUUGAGAAAUAUCAAGGACAAGCUGCAGAAUAUUCCCAUCUCUGUCACUGUGUCUCUGAGCUCCAGUCAGACAACCAGUGCUACUGCGGAUCAGCUCAGUUUUACUCCUGUCCUUAACCUCUACCAGCAGAAGACCACUUCCUCAGAGAUCGUUCUAAUAAAUAGAGGCUGUGGCAGUGACAAAAUUUGUCAAAGUAACCUGGACUUACAGUACAAGUUCUGUUCCAAAAAAACUCAAGACGGUCAAGAUGUUUUCAAAUCACUGGCCAGUGAGGAUGGUGUUGCAGUCAUCACUCCAUCAGAUGAAGACAUAGCUUUGGAGAUCACUGUGACUAACAAAAACGGGGAUGAUGCACACCAGAGUAGUUUGGCCAUUACACUCCCAGACAUAGUGCGCUACUCAUCCUACUCGACCACUGCAGAAAAACAAGUGAGUUGUGCAGAUAACAGGAUGCCAAUUGCCUGUGACCUGGGAAAUCCACUCCAAAGAGAUGCUCAAGUAACGUUUUAUGUCAUGCUCACAACUUCUGGCGUCACGUUGAACACAAAAUUAAUUAACAUCACUUUACAGCUGGAGACGACGAGUGAGCAGACCAUACAGCCAAUACAGGCCUUUGCCAAAGUUGUUUUUGAGCUGCAGUUGCAAGUAAACGGGCUCGCUAAACCUUCUCAGGUGUCAAUUGGUGACAUUGUGAAGGGUGAAAGUGCAAUAAAAUCUGUUGAUCAAAUAGGAAACUCAGUUCAGUAUGAAUUUAGGAUAACAAAUUUGGGCAGACCACUGAAGCAUUUUGCAAAUGCAUCACUGAGCAUCUACUGGCCAAAGGAGAACUCUGUAGGAAAGUGGCUUCUCUACUUGACUCACAUCACCAACGACGGUGUGCAUUCUGUCCCCUGCUCACCUGUAGAUGAAGUCAGUCCACUUAAACAUGUAAAGGGCUGGCAUGAUACAGCAAGAAAAAGACGUGAGGCUGAACAUAAAGCCCUCUCUACUGAUGGAUUCACAUUUCUUCCAACAAAAAGAAAAUAUAAAACACUGACCUGCUCCGAUGGACUGAAUUGUGUGGAGAUACGCUGCCCUCUGCUGGACCUGGACAGUGCUGCACGGAUUGUUCUGCAUUCUCGCCUUUGGAACGCCACUUUGGCCGAGGAUUACAGCUCUUUAAACUAUCUUCUCAUUGUUGUUGAUGCAACUCUGACUCUAACCAACGCUCCAGAGAACAUUGGACUUAAACCAGACAAACUCAGGACAAAGGCAAAACUGACAGUGUUCCUUGAGAAAAAGACUGAAUUCCUGGUCAAAGUUGCGUGGUGGAUAAUCUUCCUGACAGUCGUGUCUUUGUUGCUGCUGUUGGCCUUUUUAGGCUUCUUACUGUGGAAGCGUGGUUGCAUCCACUGCAUUGAUCAUAAGAAGAAGUUCUCACAUAAUGGAGCUCCAAACACAGAGACAGCGCCUCUUAAAGGCUAAGGCAAACCUUAAGGACACAUUGAAGGUUUAAGAGGUGUUCAAUGACCCGGUAACACUGAGGCUUCCAUGGGGAGCUGUUGUUUUAUAUUUUCCACUAUUAGCACAGAAUUAUCUGAUAAUUUUAUGAUGUGUUAGGAUUUAUUUUUUUAUUGUUGUGGUUUUUGUUUGUGUUUUGUCAACCCAAUUUAUUUGCAUGUUUACACUUUUCCAGCAUUUUCCCUGUUUCAUUUCGGUCUCCCUGUUUUUCCAUUGUUGUUCAUUUCCCGACUUAACACUUGCUGUUGUAUGUGUGCAAGUGCAUUUACCAACAUGAACAUCUGCAAGCAUGGUGUGGAAAGUUGAUUAUGUCUCACCUCAAAUGCUCAGCUUAUUGGCUACAUAUUAGAAAAGGAGAGACUACCAAACAUUUUUCUUUCUUUCCAGCCAGUAGAAGGAAGAUGCAAUGUUUUAAAUGCCGAGCUAAUUAACUGAGAGUGGUCAUUAAUUUUAUGCAUUUCAGGUUAACGCAAAAUGACAUAUUUUGUGGCAGUGUUUAUUUUUCCAUUCCUGUUAAAUUUUCAUAAUCACCUUGGAAGAAUUUUAUAUUACGUGUAGUCAUAGGCACAGUAAUUUGCAGAUGUUCACAAAAUGCAUAACAAUCACAGUCAAACCUUAAAAACAUACUCUCUUUUUAAUCCCACACAAAACAGUGAAGGGCAGAAAGUCUGUUUAUCUUAAAUAACUGAAAAAACAUGGAAAAAGAGGACAAGUCCUUCUCUUGCCUGUUUGGAUAUUCAGCUCCCAUAAAUGACACACCUCUCUCAAUUGUAGCUCCUGCACUUCAGUGUUUUGCUUCUGUGUUUCAUUCUGUCCUCUUUUAAAUUAAAUGGCAAUUUCAGGCUCUAAAUUAAACUUCACAGCAUAAACUGUAAACCAUUGCACUAGCUGCUAAUCUUUGUCUGUUCAUACUUAAUCCAGUUUGUUUUCUUGUGUUUCACUGAGGUAAGUUUUGCCCUCUCACACAGAAAGAAAAGAUGCUACCUAAUCUUUCAAAGAGGAGUGGUGAAGGUCACAUGCAAAAAAAAAAAAAAAAAAGCUUUCUUCUCUUCCGUGUCCUCCAGAUGCAGUUUAGGAAGUGAGACAUCCUUUAGUAUGGUUUACUGAUACUGAUUUCCAGAUCGCAGCAGGAGGAUAGAGGAGAUAAUGAGGCACAAAUCAGAGAAAAAAGAAAGGUCUUUAACAUGUAUUUAUAGGAGCUGAGACAGAAGUAAACAUUAGCAUUAGUAUUAUUAAAUGACCCAGUAUUUGUCAGUUGUCAGUCUGUCCUGUUCUACUUCCUGUUUACCUGCCAGUUUACCUUCCUGUAUCUAUUCUUGUCUUCAUGUUUACCUCAGUGACUUUGUUUCUUGUUUUGGAUUUUGUGUGUGUGUAGUCCACUUUGGAUCACUUGCUCGUUCUCUGCAGUCUUCUUAUGUCUUCUUUGUUCAGCCAUAGUUCUUUUUGUUGAGCUGGUGAGUUGUGCAUACGAUCUAAGCCUUAACAUGGAAAUAUUCUGUAACUAAAGCAUGUGUUGUUCAGUUUUUGUAUUUUGGCUGUUAUUAAAUAUAAUUACCUUAAAAAAAUUAAAGAAUCAACAUCUUU